GUGCCCAUGCUGCAGAGAAGGGCAAGAAAAUCCCUCUGCCAGAGCGUAAUACCUGAGCCUGCUUAUCCACAUAGCCACUGAAUGAGUCAUUUAUUGCUCAACUUUUAGUAUCUGGGAUUACAUUUAGAACCCUUAAUCUCACGGGAAGGAGGGAAGCCGUUGGCUUUGGUGUUGAGCUAACAGUUUAAAUCUAGGAGUGAGGGAAGAGAGAACAGUAUUCAAGGUGUGACUACAGACGGGCCCCCACUGAUUACUAUAAAAGUGAGUUGCUGAGUGGGGCUUCAUAUAUAUACAAGCAUUGAAACCAAUUAAUCAAAGAAACUGCAGCGAAUACGAACGUAGACCUGACCCCUCCAGACCAGACGCUGGAACUAGGUGCUCCUGCUUCCCUGUAGAAAUGUCACUUGGCUUUUGCUUUUCUUGUUUGACUCUAACUAGGACUCCUGUGUCCGCCAGUCUUUACGCUGCAACCGGUUGACAAAGCUGGUAACCCUCCAGCUCCAUUUUCUGAACACCAAUCAGAGCACGAUGCUGAUUAACCUGAGCAGACAGAACCUGAUGGAUUGCAUCAUGUCCCUGCCCAGAUUCUACCAGGCUGCGAUUGUGGCUGAGGCUUACAACUUUGUUCCAGACUGGGCUGAAGUUCUGUAUCAACAAGUGAUUAUUAAGGGUGACUUCAAUUACCUGGAAGAAUUUAAGCAUCAAAGGUUACUCAAAUCUAGCGUGUUUGAGGAGAUUGCAAAGAAGUUCAAACAGCACCAGCCUACUGAGACUGCUCUGAAAAAUCUGAAGACAUUACUAACCUACUGUGAAGACAUCUACAUGUACUACAAAUUGGCUUAUGAUAACAAGUUCUGUGAUGUGGUAAAUAUGCUUUUGAAGGAUGCGCAGACUGGCUGCUGUCUAAAUGAUAUGCUGGCAAAUUAGAUUCCAGUCUCAAUUACAUGAAGAUUCUAGUUCAGAUAAGAGCAAGUCCUGUGGCUUGUGCUCUGAUUUAAAAACCCUCCCCGUACUUUCUCUACUCCAGUGCCUGGUCUCGUUUAACACGGUGUACGCGGCUAGAUGCCUUUUAAAAAAUGGUUGCAGUAGAUGAAAGUCCAGCACUGUUUUGAUCUUCCCUCAAAUGCAGACUCAAAGUAGUUUUAGAUAUUCAAAUCAGAGUUAAAACAAAUUUGUGACAGCCUCGUGGGCCUAGGAGAUUCUGUUCUGACUACCCAAGUGGGAUUUCAGCUAGGCCUUUUCCUAAAAUGGCUCUCUUGGCUAAUUCAGGGAGCUAGGUCACUUCAGCACCCUCCUUAAAAGCAAAAAACUGACCACUGCUGCACAAGUAAUGGGUGUGCUACGUACAAUAACUUAACUGAGUAUCAGAUGAAGUAUUUCUGUUCACAGCAGACCAUGAAUGCUGGUAGAAUAUUUAAAACAUAUUACAAAGUCUAUUUUCUCAAAAUCCUCAGAGGAACCUGGUUUCUUAGGAUACUCCUCUCUAGCACUUUAUGCAAGUGAGAGAUUAUUUUAACCUGCCCUGAUGUAAGAUUUAGGGGAAUAUUGUAAGUCCGUGACAAGACUGGAGUACCUCUGCAUUAACAAUCAGCUUUAUAUUUAACAGACUUCAGAUAUUGGUCUUUGCUUUUAGAGUACCUUUUUGCACCAGUGAGAAACAGAAUUUGUUACAUAAAAGUGAGUUUGUAUUGUGCAGUCAAAAUCAAGUUUUAGCAAAGUGUCUUAAUGUUCACCAUAUACUUUUGUUUGCUGUUAUAGUUGUAUUAUAAAAUCUUCACCUCUAACAUAGAUACUGGCUGGUUGGGAAUAAACCUCUUUCGAGCUCUA